AUGACUAUAGCAGAUCAUUUGCAUGGGAUGAAUGAUGUUAUAGGGCAAAAACCAGCAACGGAAAGUCCAGUAAGUGCUGAUUUCAAUGCCGCCGAUGAGGAUAGUUGGCUUUUCGAGGAACUCAGUCGAGAAGAAGCAAUCAGUACAUUACAGAAUCAACCAGAUGGUACAUUUCUUGUGCGUCCAAGCAGUACUAUCAAAGGUGAUCUGGUCCUCUGUGUAAAGGAAGGCUCCAAAGUUAGUCAUUAUAUAAUCAAUUUAUGUCAAGAAAAUUCGAAAUUGAUUUAUAAAAUUGGUGAUAAAACAUUUUCAAGUAUGAAGGAUCUUUUGAAUUUUUACAAGCAACGCUUACUUGAUGUAUCACCACUCAUUCGAAUUUGUCCCAAACCUCGUGUACGAACAAAAUAUCGAUUUGAUGGCAAAGAUGAUGAAGAUUUACCCUUUAAAAAAGGACAGAUCCUGAUGAUUAUCAAAAAGACUGAACCUCUAUGGUGGUUGGCGCGAAACAACACGGGCGAUAAAGGGAUGAUUCCGGCUAAUUAUGUUGAAUACGUUCGAGAUGAUGCUUAA